AUGUCCUGCCCACCUAUGAAUGGGCAACUUAGUCAGGGGUUCUCUAUUGACAACACCCAUGGCUCUCAGGACCCUCCAUCAUUGAAAUCACAGAGAGCCGCAGAGAAGAAAAACGUGUCUAGGAGAGGAACUGCAUUCACCAAAGAGGAGGACUUGGUGGAAGCGAUGAACAAGUUCUGUGGGCACAAAGAAGCUAUUGAUAGGCUGAAUGAGAGCGGAAAAAAUGAGCAGGAUCGGAUUGAUGAUGUUGUACAAAUGUACGAGAGGACAGAACCUUUUACCAUCAUGCAUUGCUGGAAAAAACUUCGCAAUGAGGCCAAAUGGAACAAUAAGUUUCUUGAGCUAAACAACUGUACAUCACCGGAUGGAAUGUCAUCUCCUCCAACUCAAGGCCAUACUGUGGCUGGCCAUGCAAAAUCUGGGAAUGAGAAUAUAGACACAUCACGUCCUGAGGGUAGGGAUAGUGCGAAGAGGCGUAGAUCAAAGAGCUUCACAGAGACAUCGUCAUCUAGUACGGCUGUUGAAGUCCUCCAGCGGUUGCAGGAGAAAUCAGAGAAGACCGAACAGAAGCAACACCAGCAAAUGACUGAAAUCCUUAGUAGGAAGGAUGAAAAAAUUAAAAUUCAAAGGAAUCUUUUCAACCUUCAGAAGAAGCAUAUGAAGAUGAGUGUGCAGCAGAAAAAGAAGGAAAAUGCGAUUAGAGAGAAGGAGUCAGAGGCUCACCUGAUAUUAGCUGAGUCUAGUAUUAUAUCGGUUGACAUUGAGAAGGUCCCCCUUUUAUCUAAAAAACUAUUAUCUUGA